AUGGAAGACCAUCGAUCCCCUUCUGGGGCACAACCUGCCUCUACUAAAGGUCGUGGACCGACACCUGCAGCGCCCAAGUUACGAGAUAGCUGUCAUGCCUGUGCUGCUUCCAAGCUGAAGUGCAACAAAGAAAAGCCAACAUGUGCACGUUGCGCAAAGCGUGGAAUUGCCUGUGAAUACUUGGCGACAAAACGUGGAGGAAGGAAGCAUACCAAUAGAAAUACCAACAGCACCACUGAUAGUAACCGGGCAUCUCCAAGCAAUAGUGCACCGCCGCCACCACAACCCUUGAAUGUGACUCAAUUUAUGCCUCCAAGGACUACCUGGUUCACAGCUGCAACCAGUGUUCCCGGUACAGUCGCACAUGGAUCACCUAUUCCUAUCCAAGCUUCCCCUCGACCGCCAGGCACGGCUCUUGACAUUCCACAACCUAUGCUAUCACCCGCGGAUCAUCCCAUGGCUGGCUCCAUGACAGACUUAUCCACUGACCUUGAUGAGUUCUUUGCCACACCCAACUCCUUUUCUCUCCCGGAAUUGAGUGACAGUGAUAUUCUGGGCCAGUCACAUUUCUUCCCCCCUUCUCUUGAUGGCAAUACUGGAAGUAAUAUUACAUCCAAUAACAGCUCUGAAAAUCUAUUCGAAAACUUCCAUCUAUUCCAGGAUGGCGUCCCAGAUUUUUCGGCAUUUUCGAAGCCAAGUUCAAUUUCAGAUAACCAAAACUCUCCAUUCGAUACCCAAAGCAGUAAUAACAGCACUCGAGGAGCAGACACCCUAUGUUAUUGCUUGGUGCGAGCGCUUGGACUCAUGAAACAACUUUUUCCUAACCCAACAUCAAAUUUCGCUUCGGCUAUGGAAGAUCUCGAUCAUCAUCAACAACAACAGCAGCAAUCAAACACUUCCCCACCCAACAUUCAAACAGUCAUUUCCAAGAACCAGGACACUAUAGAAGCCAUUAGUACGAUGUUGAACUGCUCAUGUGCACACGACGGCUACCUUUUGACAAUAAUGUCGCUGAUUGUAUUCAAAGUGCUCGGUUGGUAUGCAGCAGCAGCAGCGCCAAAAGCGGGCCCAACGCACGAAGACAUCUCAGGAAUCUCAAAGCCAAGCACUAGUCACUCGCGAAAAUUAUCUCAUUCCGAGAUGGUAGUUCAAGACGCCACUGUUGUGGGUAGUUACUGCCUCGAAGGCGCUGAUGCGGAUCGCAUGGCGGCACAAUUGGUAUUGAGCGAGUUACACCGUGUACAACGUUUAGUUAAUCAAUUGUCAGCCAAGUUGAAAUUACAGAUUGCUCACGAAACACGGCUGAACAACGAACCGUCCCAGGGAUCAAGCUACAAGUCCGAAGAUAGUGACUUCGCUGUACCGCUGUCUGCGGUAACAUUGGACCAGAUUGUAGUGGAUCUGCGCAAGAGACUGAGAGCCCUUUCUGUGAAUAUUGUGGAGAGCUUGCGAAGCCACUGA